GCUGGCUGAAGGUCGGCUGAAGGUCGGCUGACGCUGGUGUGUAAACAGGUUCAUUAUAAAUUCAGUUUCUCUGGACCAGUCCCCUUCAUUCUGAAUGAGAAGCUGCUCUCGCUCGCUCGCUCUCUCUCUCUCUGUUGUACAUCAGAGAUGAAGUCUGUUGCUGUGGUUGUCAUGAUGAUGAUGAUGAUGUUGUCCUCUGCUGCUCCUGUUCAUCCCUCACUCAACAACAGCAGUCUCGAGCUUCAUCCCCUCAACGCAACGUUAAUGACCGGCGUUGGGUACGGAACCAGCAGAUUCCUUCGCUGUUCCCUACCGACGUGUCUCACCAUCAACCUCGUCUCCAGCCUGCAGACUGGGGACGAGGCAGCAGGUGGCGCCGCCAGCGACCCAUUUGGAAUUGGAAAGAAAUGACAGGAAGUGGCCGAUUAUCACAGGAUCCUCAUAAGUUCUGAUCAUAAAUGAUUCCUCAUCUUUGUGCUAGUUCUCACCACUCUCAUUGUUCACAUUCAUCAUUCUCUUUCUUCUCUUUCAUCGUGAGAGGAAGCUGAUAUUUAAUUUGUUAAAAAAGUGAAAACACAAUAUACAGCUUCAGUCUUGUCCAUAACAGCAGCAGGAGAGGCUCAUGGGAACUUUAGUUUUUAGACCAUAUUCAGGAGAUUAAGGAAAAAUGUGAAAAGUUUAAUUUCAGAAACCCAUUCAAGGACAAAACUGCGAAAACUUUUUUGGUGAUUUUGUUUAUACAAUUUUUAUCAAUCGUCCAUGUUGAAACUUGGAAUCCCACGGAUUAAUAAAAUGUUUUUUAACAACA